AGCUCGUCACCUACUCGCACGGGACUCCUCCACCCCUAGCUAUCAGACGGCUACCACUGCAUCCCGCUAACCGCGUACCCAGAGAUCAGAUAACCAAGCACGGACCACCUCGAUCGAUCCAUACAAGUAAGCAUGAGACCCCUGGUGCUGCUCGUCGCGCUGGCCAUUGUCGCCGUCCUCGCAGCUCUGCCAGGGCUAGGGACGGCACAGCUGAGAGCCAAAGGCGCGACGCCGAGCGCCUGGCCGUGCUGCAACAAUUGUGGCAGCUGCACCAGGUCCUUGCCUCCGCAGUGCGUCUGCAGGGAUGUGUCCCCGAGAGGGUGCGAUCCGGCCUGCAACAACUGCGUCAGGUCCAACUCCACCGUCGCCGGCCGCCGUGGCUUCCAGUGCUUUGACCGCAUCAAAAACUUCUGCGAGCGCCGCUGCACACCUGUCGUGUGAUUGGAUCCUGUUGUCGCCUGAAUCAGUAAUGCCGGCAUGAAGCUGCCUAUUAGCUCGUGCCUUUAAUUUUCUCUCAGCGUCUCCGACUUCCCUCGGUAUCUCAGUCUGAAUAGAUGCACACGCCUGUAUCUUUUUAUGUCUGAAAUAAACAGCAUAUUCUAUGCUCAAAA